AUGGAGGAAGAGAAAAGUAAAGAAGAAUUAGAAGAUUGGAAAGUUUACGAAGCGUUGACAAUCAAAAGCCCUACCGAGAUGGAAGCAGACGUUGAGAAUGACGUGGUAACAUCAUUAAGAGGUGACUUGGCAGGGUUACAAUAUAAGCGUGACAAGUUAAUUUCAGAAAAUAGCGAUUUAAAAAACCAAAUGUUGUCCCGGGAUCAACGAAUAUUAGAACAACAAGUCGAAAUAGACCAUCUUCGAGAACAAAAUGCUCGACAAAAUGCCAUCAUUUCGUCUCUUAAAAAGAAAAUCCAAGACCUUGAGGAAGUUCAUCGAAAUUCACAAGCUUCACAAAGCAGGAGCGAAUUAACUAUACAAACACUCCAGAGAGACAACCGUUACUGCGAAGAAAAAAUUAAGGACUUGGAAAAGAAACUAAGAUCGCUCGAAUUAGAAUGUCACAAUGAAGAACAACAAAAAGAAAAUGCACGUUGUCAAUUUCACGACUUAGUCAGACGAUUGUCCGUCGCAAUGGACGCUGAUUUUUGUGAUACAACGCACACUCACUCCCCAGAAAGCCUCAUUAUCAAAGCUUCUGAACUCGUACAAGAUAUAACGAGGCUAAAAAAUAAGUGUAUGAACACGACUGAAAACUUAUCCACAAUUGAACAAGAUCUUAGAAGCUGUAGAGAUACCCUAGAAAGAGCAAACGCCGAUAAGGAUAUUUUACAAAGACAGGUUUCUUCUCAACUUCUUGAUAUAGAAAGAUUGAAGCAAGAAAAGGAAUCUCUUUCUGUGUCUAAUAGAGUUCUCGAAAGGGAACUACAUGAAGCAAGAGAAAAGCUUUCACACUGCGCUAAGAAUUUAAAUGUUGUUACAGAUAACGUCAAUCAAAAUGAGUCCAUUAUCAUUCAGCUAAAAGAGGAUUUAAGACAUCGUGAUGAAAAGUAUCAAAGACUGCAAACCGAGUUUCGAAAUACGAUGGAAUCUAUUGCAAUCCUUCUCAGCUUGCCAACACGUUUCGUUGAAGCACACGAAAGUACUAUCAAGGAUCGAGUAAGAGAAAUAUUAAGCGACAAUAAGGACAAGUCUGUGCAAAUAGAUGCGUUACGAGAAAAAUUGGCGUUAGAAUCUCAGCAACUGGGUAGAACUGCACAUUUGCAUGACCAAGCCACAACUCGUGUUCGGAUACUGGAAGAUGAGCGGAAUAUGCUUGAAUCUAAAGUGCACAAACUCGAAUCAGAGCUCAACGCCAUAGAAUUGUCUAGAGAUAAUUUACGGAAAGAUAAAGCGAAUUUCGUAGCAUUCCUCGAGCGGCUGAGUCGAACACUUAAUAUGGAUGAGUUAACUCAGGAUAUCGGCGUAGAACUGCACACUGAAUCCAUUAUGCACAGGGCAGAGCAGCUUGCGAGGCUCGAGAGCGAUAAAAUUGUAGACAAGCUGCUAUAUUACGGAUACUAUGGCACGCUCCCGAGACUGCGCAGGGAGCGAUCUUUCCAUGACUUGCCUUACCUUAAAGAAACUGCUGUGGUAUAUCAACUCCAACGACGCAUUCGAAUACUGAGAGAGCAAUUACAGAGGAAAGACCUGCAUUUAGAUUUACUUCGACGUAAGCUCAGUGUCCAGGAAGAAAGUUCGCGAGUCCGUGCAGUACUGCAAGCGGAGCGAGAUGAGGCAUUGAAUCGGUGUAAAAAGCUCGCUCGACAGUGUGACAAGCUCGGCGUGCAGCUCAGCGACGCGCGAUCACAGCUCCGUGAUCUGAACACGCAGCUUGCAGAUGCUGCUGAAUAUAAGAUAACCUCAUUGGAACGUGCACGUAAAAUAGAGGAGCUACAAAAGAAACUCGAUGAAGCGGAACUCCUCAGAGCACGAUACAAUCGCAAAGUAAAUGUAUUAAAAGACCAAGUGAGAACAACCGGUGAAACCUUUGAACAAGAAAGAACCACUUCGGAGCAUCAAAUUAAUAUGAUACGGGACGACCUUUCUAGAACAAAGGAAGCUCUCGCUGAAUGUCAAAGGAGAGAAGCCCAGUUACAAAGCUUCAGGAAUUCAAUCGCCAAACUCCUCGGUAUAUUGGUACCGUCUUCGGUAUCUGACUUUGAGAUGGUUUCCCGACUUCAAAAACUUAUAGAUGCGCACCAUGACUUCACAAUAGUGUCACGUCGCUAUGACGAUCCAACACUACUACGAGCUUCAUCAAGAUCUCCACCUCCUUCCAGAUGCAGAACUCGAACUCCUGACAGAUCCCUACGGUACGAUGACUCCGGUUACGCGGACCCCGCGUUUGAUCUCGAGGACGAAUUGUAUAAAGGGCGUGCGGCGUUG